UAUUUUUUGUAAAUUCAAAUUAUUAAUAAAUAGCCUGGUUUUCAAUUGGCAUUGUCUAUUAGCCGUAAAAAUGUGGUGUUGCUUGUAUUUCUCAAUAAUUUUUUUCCAAGUUGCUUUGGCAAAACAUGGUUUUGGUACCACUGAUCAGGAUUGGGGUUUCGUGACCGUUAGGGAAAAAGCUCACAUGUUUUGGUGGCUCCAUUAUACAACAGCAAAAGUUGACAAAUAUACGGAUAAACCUUUGAUUAUCUGGUUGCAAGGUGGACCAGGAGCGUCUUCCACUGGAUAUGGAAAUUUUGCUGAACUUGGACCAUUAGACUUGAGUUUGGAACCCAGAAAUUCGACUUGGGUACAAUGGGCUAAUGUUUUGUUCGUUGAUAACCCCGUAGGAGUUGGUUUUGGUUACGUAGACAGCAAUGAUGCUUAUGCGCAAAACAAUACUCAAAUUGGAGAAGACUUUUUAGUAUUUCUAAAGCAAUUUUAUAAAUCAGUACCUGAAUUUAAAAAGGUGCCAUUGUACAUAUUUUGCGAAUCAUAUGGAGGAAAAAUGACUGCUGAAAUUGCUUUGGUUAUUGAUAAGGCUAUCAAGAAUGGCGAUAUCCAAGCCAACUUGAAGGGUGUAGGUUUAGGAGACUCCUGGAUAUCUCCAGUUGAUUCAGUUUUGACAUAUGCUCCAUACCUAUUAUCUCUGGGGCAAAUAGAUCAGCAAGGAUACAAUUUAAUCAUGGAAAUAGCAAAUAAAGUCAAAACUGCAGUGGACCAAAAUGAUAUGGAAACGGCUGAAAAUUUGUGGGAAUCAAUUGAAUUAAAUAUUGAAAUCUUAACUCAUGCAGAUUUUUAUAACGUUCUAACAAUGGCUUCAUCAGAUUUAUCAUUUACGCCAAAGAAAUUUGGACCGAUAAGAAGUUACAACUUGAAAGAAGAACUAGAUUUGGAUAUUAUAAUGAACACAAAAGUUGCACCAGCUCUUAAUAUUUCACAAGAAUGGGUGGAUCAAAAUAACUAUGUGUUUAGCUGGCUUGCAAAUGAUUUCAUGAAUCCCGUUACCAAAGUUGUAGAAAAACUUCUCAACGAAACUGACCUUACGGUUGCAGUAUAUAAUGGUCAAUUAGAUUUAAUUGUAAGCACUCUUGGUACACUGAAUUGGGUAAAAAAUCUAAAUUUCAACGGUAAAGACAAAUGGGAUGCCACUUCCAAUGUUGGAUUUGCAAUUGAUGGAUACUAUCAAGGAUAUGUUAAAAAACAUGGAAAUUUCGCGUUGUAUUUGGUAGAUAGAGCAGGACAUAUGGUACCCAAAGACAAUCCUUCUGCAAUGUAUUAUAUUUUAAAGGAUGUCACUAAAAAUUUUAAAGUUUAAAAUUAAUAAAUAAAUGUAAUUAAAUUUAUAAAACAUUACAUAAUGUUUCAAUUAUAUUUACCGAAAUUAAUCCUUUAUAAGCACAAAUUACAUAUUAUUUUAUAACGUU